UGAGGUUAUGUUUUUCGCCAGCAUUUCGGCAGAAUGCACCGUCUGUUUGAAUAGUUUUUUUUUUCUUUGUAGUUUUUAUGAGUUAAAAUGAGUUUUGCACGACCCAAAACGGUUAUCGAAGAGAAUGACACGGUCAUAUUGUAUUUAACGGUGCAGAGUUUGCAUGCGAUUGAUGUGUUGCCGUAUAUCAAAAACAAAAAAGACGAAUUAAUUGAGAAUGUCUUCCAAACCAGCUACGGAGCAUUGAAAGUGAAAGAGUUGAUAGGAGUGAAAUAUGGUUCAAAGGUUCAACUAUCCAAAGGAUGGGCAUACGUGUUGCAACCAACGCCGGAACUAUGGACACAAACUUUGCCGCAUCGAACUCAGAUCAUCUAUACACCUGACAUUAGUAUGAUUCUAUUUCAAUUGGAGGUCAAACCGGGCAGUGUGGUCGUGGAAUCAGGCACUGGCAGUGGCUCUCUAUCACAUUCAUUUCUUCGGGCUGUUAAGCCACUUGGCCAUUUGCACACAUUCGACUUCCAUGAACAGCGUUGUGAUAUUGCUCGUGAAGAGUUCAAAAGCCAUGGACUCGCUGAUUUUGUGACGGUUUAUCACCGUGAUGUAUGCGAAAGAGGCUUCACCGAAGAAUUAAAUGGGAAAGUUGAUGCUGUAUUCUUGGAUUUGCCAGCACCACAUUUGGCCAUACCACAUGCACUCAAAGCACUGAAACAUUCAGGCGGACGCUUCUGCUCAUUCUCACCGUGCAUCGAACAGGUUCAACGAAGCUGCGAAGCAUUAGAACAGAACGGUUUUGUGGAAAUUCAAACCAUGGAAAUUUUGCAAGUCGAAGAAUACGUUAAAACAAAGGUUAUCAACGUUUUGGACUUGGAAUUUUUGAAAACAAAGAAACCCGAAGAUGUAGACGCUAAGGAUUUGAAAACUACAAAAGAACAAAAGAAAUAUGUAACGACACAAGUUCCAUAUACAAUGCCAGGCCAUACGGGUUACCUCACAUUCGCCACUAUUCCACCACUGUUUGCGCGAUAAAUUCCAAAAAUGUGUAACGAAAAAUGCUAAAAUAAAUGAAUUUUAAUGGAAUCAAG